GGAAUUUAUUUAUGUGUUGGAGUCACAUUUCUUUGUUAGCAAUCAAAAAGAGUGUAUCAUUCUUUGUCUUUCGGUUGUUGUGCAAUGCAGUGCAGACAUGAAGAACAAAUAAUCUUUUGCCUCCUGUUAUUUGUAUUUAUGGGUGUUGGUCAAUUUCAGCGAUCACACAUCGCAGCAGCACAAAAGAUGGAGCCAUUGCCACCAAAAGGAUCUCACAUAAGGUUUGCAGGGCCUACACCCUUUGCUAGAAAGUAUGGAAAUCCCAAAGGAGGCAUUCAUUCUGUCCUGAAAAGCUACCUGCCCCAGUUGAAAAGCGGCCUCACACCAGUAACUCCAGCACAAUUCUUAAAACCCCAAGAUCAACUGGAUCUUGAAAGAGUUCUUGAAUUGUAUCAGAGAAUGAGGUUCUCUGGUUUUACCGCAGCGGAGUUGAAAUCAGUCCUAGCUUUGCCAGAUUAUCAAGAAAAUAUGAGUCGAACGAUAGACUAUGGAAAUGAUCUUGGAAAUGUCCCGAUUCAUCCAUUGUUGGAGAGGAGCAACUGGCUACAUGAGCUACCACGAAAUCUGGCUAGAUAUCCACUCGGAGAUGGUAAUGAAUAUUGGGAGGCAAGUAAUUUGCCAUAUCGAGAUGUUUAAUCAAGACUUACUAAAUAAAUCAGGCCAAGAAUGAUGCUGUGUGGAAUGCGAUGAUGCCGGCCAUAAAAAUUGUAUCAAGCGUCAUCGCUAACAUACAUACGUGGGACUGGUUCAAUGCGUUACUGAGGGGUCCACAUGUAGAGGUUCCAGAAACGGAGCUUCCACCCGACUUUGGCCUUCAUGUAAUGCGUUUCAAUUCCAUGGAGAACAGAAAAGACGCGGAACUUGCAUCUUACGUUAUAGAUCUUUUUGGGAAGAUGUCAAAGCAGACUUAUUAUGCAUUUGCAGGAGCCAAAAGCUCUUACGAAGGAAUGGCUCAAAUGGAUCAAUUUCAAGCCGGCUUGACGGUGUGGUCCCCACGUCGAGGUACAUCAAGCAGUCCGCCCGAACCUCGAGCUUCACUUAUUACCAUCGCCUAUGAAUUGGUCGAGCCGUUGCUGAACCCUCUUCUUUUGCCAGAGGAUAGAGCCUUGGACAAUUUUCGCUUGGCAGAAGAUAUUCUUCACGAGACUGCGCAUGCUAUAGGGCAUCAAAUGGUCAGAAUGAACAAAGAACUUGAUUGGACUUGGGGAUUCUCAGCAACAAACCAUGUAUUUGGUGGCAUCUCACUUUCUGUUAUUAAUCCUGUAGACAUUGAGGGAUACUCCUCUGGAGGUAUAAUACUCUACAAUUGGCCUACGUACAAGCAUGAGUUUCACACGGAAACUGUGCCUGUACUUGCUCCGGAAAAGCAAAAGGAUUGGGAAAAUAUAAAGUAUUGGCCGAUUCCUGUCUCCUUUUUCAUGGGCCUCCAGUGUGAGGAAUUUUGGGACAUUUACGUGAGAAAGUUUGGCUCGAAGGCGAGUCAAGCGGGACCUAAGGUAAUAGGUGUUUGCCAACCAAAACGUGGGACUACGACUAUUCUCAGACAUACUACGGGUACUCCAGGGCCUGAGAAAAAGGCUCCGGGAUUUUUUUCUAGAAGAAAAACUAAAGUCGCACAUUCGUUUGAGGCCGAAAAACAAAGAUUGACUUCAAUAAUCACGCAAGCAUCAAAAAAUGUCCAGCCAAAGGUCUUGCCACCAAGACUUCCUACUGGGGAAAGUGGUUUUCAGCCAAUCAUCGGUCGUACCGAUAGAGCCGGCGCUGUCGAGGUGGAUUGUCCCAGGUACGAUGAGAUCAGAAUGUAUCUAGAAAAAAACAAGUUCGCACUUGCUAUACACACAUUUAAGUAUCAAUUGCCUGCGCAUUUGGUCAGAAGCUAUAUUCUUCGUCAUGGUGGAAUCGAACUUACGAAUGGGGAAUGGAAAGCAUUCCUACUUGUGGCGAAUAUGAGAGAUGAACUCUUCUACUAUUCUCAUGCCGCAUAUGGCGUCUUACAAGUCAACCAUAAAGGCUGGAUGAAGCCCACACCACCACAGCAAACACAAAUAGAAACACCCCCACAGCCCGACCAACAACUCGCAGAAAUAUUUGAUUUCGUCUGUCGACGAAAUCUCUUACAAGUAGAUCCACACGAAGAGACCAGAGAUAUGGACACUUAUCUUUUGAAGCACUACACGAAUUUGAUAUGGAAAACUGAAAAAGACAAAAAAACAAAUCCAAAACUACUAGAGUAUCCUGACAUGCCAGACGGUUUUACCGAGGACGAAGCGGGCGAGGAAAUUUUCUUGGCGUGUAUUUGGCAUUCGCCAUACUUUGUAGAUGCACCUUAUCGUCAGGGACUUGCUAGAAGAGCAGAUAUUGAAGCUCCUGGGAAUGGUCCUUACAUAGCUCCGGCGCUGAAGAACAUUCAUCAAAGUCUGACGCGGGGAGAUCCGAUGAGAUUAGGUAUCAAAGAUAUACUUGGGGACGAUUCGGAUGAGACGUCUGCAUGAUGAAGAUUAAGGAUUCUUCUUCUUGGGACUGAAAUGAG